AUGAACUGGAGGUCUAUUGAGGUCAUCUGCUUCCUGUUUAUAUGGAAUCAUAUAACAGUUUGGUCUUCACGCCCGGACCCGUCGGCCAAUGAGCAGCACGUCACCAAGCAGUAUGAUUGGCUCAUCUCCGACCGCGGUCCUUUCCACCACUCACGGAGUUACCUCUCCUUUGUGGAAAGAUUCCGCCAAGGAUUUACUACCAGAUAUAAAAUUUAUAGGGAAUUUGCACGUUGGAAGGUGAGGAACACGGCCAUCGAGAGGCGGGACCUGAUCCGGAACCCCGUGCCGCUGAUGCCCGAGUUCCAGCGCAGCGUCCGCCUCCUGGGACGCAGGCCCACCACGCAGCAGUUCAUCGACACCAUCAUCAAGAAGUAUGGCACCCACAUCCUCAUCUCCGCCACCCUGGGAGGGGAAGAGGCGCUCACCAUGUACAUGGCCAAGAACAAGUUGGACAGGAAGCUGGCCAACGCCACGCAGAACGUGGAGGCGUUGCAUCAGCUGGCGUCCUCCUACUUCAUCGACCGGGACGGGACCAUGAGGAAGCUUCACGAGAUCCAGAUCUCCACGAACGCCAUCAAGGUGACGGAGACACGCACGGGCCCGCUGGGAUGCAGCAGCUACGACAAUCUGGACUCGGUUAGCUCCAUCCUCCUGCAGAGCCCCGAGAGCAAGCUCCACCUCCAAGGUCUUCAGGUUAUCUUCCCAGAGUAUCUGCAAGAGAAGUUUGUCCAGUCGGCUCUCAGCUACAUCAUGUGCAAUGGCGAGGGCGAGUACACCUGCCGGAACAACCAAUGCAUCUGCCAGUGUGACGAGGAGUACCCACAAUGCAACUGCCCCAUCACGGACAUCCAGAUCAUGGAGAACACGCUGCAUGGAAUGGGCGAGUCCUGGGGGACCUCCUACAAGGACUUUGAGAACUCUGAUGAGUUCAAGUCCUUCCUGAAGAGGCUGCCCUCCACUCACUUCCUGCCCGUCAGCAGCGUGCACCUUCUGUGGGGCAGCGACUGGGACCUGCAGGCCCGCUACCGCCUCCUCCAGAGCUCCCUGGAGGUCCAGAGGCUGAAGAUCCAGCGCACCGCCCGCAAGCUCUUUGGCCUGAGCAUCCGCUGUCACCACAACCCCAACCACCAGAUGCCUAGGGAGAGGUCUGUGAUGCAGUGGCUGAACCGGGUUCAGUCCUUCCUCUACUGCAACGAGAACGGCUUCUGGGGCACCUUCCUGGAGAGCCAGCGGAUGUGCGUGUGCCACACGGGCGUCACCCUCUGCCAGCGGCCCAUCCCCUGCGUGAUCGGCGGCAACAACAGCUGCGCCAUGUGCAGCCUGGCCAACAUCUCCCAGUGCGGCUCGUGCAACAAGGGCUACAAGCUGUACCGCGGCCGCUGCGAGCCGCAGAACGUGGACUCGGAGCGCAGCGAGCAGUUCAUCAGCUUUGAGACGGACCUGGACUUCCAGGACCUGGAGCUCAAGUACCUGCUGCAGAAGAUGGACUCGCGCCUCUACAUCCACACCACCUUCAUCAGCAACGAGAUCCGCCUGGAGACCUUCUUCGACCCGCGCUGGCGCAAGCGCAUGUCCCUGACGCUGAAGAGCAACAAGAACCGCAUGGACUACCUGCACAUGAUCAUCGGCCUGUCCAUGAAGAUCUGCCAGAUGCGCAACAGCAGCAUCGACCCCAUGUUCUUCGUCUACGUCAACCCGUUCAGCGGCAGCCACUCGGAGGGCUGGAGCAUGCCGUUCGGCGAGCACGGCUACCCGCGCUGGGAGAAGGUGCGCCUGGCCAACUCGCAGUGCUUCAACUGGACCCUGCUGCUGGGCAACCGGUGGAAGACCUUCUUCGAGACGGUGCACAUCUACCUGCGCAGCCGCGCCAAGAUCCCCACGGGCCUGCGCAACGACACGGGCCAGGGCCCCGUGGACCUGGCGGACCCCAACAAGCGGCAGAUCUACAUCAAGAUCUCCGACAUCCAGGUGUUUGGGUACAGCCUGCGCUUCAACGCCGACCUGCUCCGCAGCGCCGUGCAGCAGGUGAACCAGUCGUACACGCAGGGCACCCAGUUCUACUCGUCGUCGUCCGUCAUGCUCCUGCUGCUGGAUAUCAGGGAUCGGAUUAACCGCCUGGCCCCGCCCGUGGCCCCCGGGAAGCCCCAGCUGGAUCUGUUUUCGUGUAUGCUGAAGCACAGGCUCAAGCUGAACAAUAGCGAGAUGAUCCGCGUGAACCACGCGCUGGACAUGUACAACACGGAGAUACUGAAACAAUCGGAUCACCUGACUACUAAACUCUGCUGAGGUUAGCGCGAUGCGGAGAGGUGGGAGAGUGUGGGAGGAACGACGGCGUUUGAGGGUGGAAGAGGGGGCGAGCGAGAGGCAAACCUCGUGGAACAGUAAACCGCACUGUAGGUUGGGGAGGGGGGGCGGGGGGGUAUUAAUCGUGACCCGGAUUUCACUUUUUGUUUUUGGUUUUUGUUUCGGACACUUUUUGUUCUGCCUUUCGAUGUUAUAUUAACAACUUUGUAAGUGUAAUUGUUAAAAGCGGAAGAACGGAUUCGCUUGCUGUCGGAGAGUCUUUUUUCGGGGGCCGAUGAAGAUUUGAUUGAUUGAUUGAGACCACUUUAAAGACUGUAUCAUAUUUGUCCCAGCAUGUCUGUCAUUCCCAAAAAGAAUAUGGAGAAAAAAACGAAAAAAAAAAACUAAUAAGUGAAAAAAAACGACAACGAAAAUAAAUACAUCUUUUGGUGAAAAAGAGGCCUUGUUUUAAUCAGAGGGAACAAAGGUUGUAUCUGAAACUGCCAUUCUUUACUGAAUUAAAAAAUAUAU